AUGGCGAGCGCAGUAUCAGACCUCUCCAACCGGCAAGCCAAUGACACCCGCUUCAACAAAGAAGCCGCCGCCUGGGACUCCCGCCCCGGCAUACACAAAGCCAGCAAACAUGCGUGCGGAGCCAUCCUCGCACAACUCAACAGUCUCGCCCCAGAGAAACCCUUGCACGAACUCGAAGUGCUCGAAAUCGGGUGCGGGACUGGCGUCCUCUCUUUCCUGCUCGCUCCACACGUGAAGCGAAUCGUAGCGGUCGACGCGGCGGAGGGCAUGAUAGAUGUGUUGAAGCAGAAACUUGAUAAGCCAGAUGCGCCGAGAAAUAUCGUCGCCUUGGCUCUUUUACUUGAAGAUCCAGAGGAUCCGUCUCUUCCGCCUGCAGAGCCGAGUAAACCUGAUGGGCCAAGGCUGAAAUUCGACCUCAUCACGAGCCAUCUCGUGCUGCACCAUAUCCCAGAUCUCACGGCUGUGCUGCAGACGAUGCAUGAAUGCCUCGCUCCGGAUGGUCGUGUUAUGCUGACCGACUUUCAAGAUUUCGGACCAGAAGCUCAGCGGUUCCAUGCGAGAUCGAGAAUGGAAGGGGUUUGUCGGCAUGGAAUUGCUACGCUCGCCAUGGAGGCGCUUAUGUUGCAGGCUGGGUUUGUGGAGGUUGAAGUUGAGCCUAAGUGGACUAUGAGUAAGACUGUGGAGAGGUUUGAUGGCGAGUUUGGAGAGGUGGGGAUGCAGAAGGAGGGGAUGGGGAAGCAGAUGGAUUUUCCGUUUGUGUUGUGUUGUGGUGUGAAGGAGGCGAGGCAUGUAUUAUCGUGA